CCUGCGUUUCCCUGGCGACCGGCGGGCGCUGGACUCGGCGGGCAGCACCAUGCUGGCCAGGCGUCCGCGCGACCCUCUCCAGGCCCUGUGGCGCCGCAACCGGGAGCUGAAGCAGCAGGUUGAUAGUUUGCUUUCUGAGAGUCAAUUGAAAGGAGCAGUAGAACCCAGUAAAAGGAGAGAUAUUUACCAAAGAUGUAUCCAGUUAAAACGGACAAUAGAUGAAAAUAAAAACACACUUCAAAAAUUAAGCAAAGCCGAUGAACUUGCACCUGUCGGGAGCUAUAACCAGAGGAAGGAAGAGGAGCAUGAUCUUUUGGAUAGGCUCACCCACCAACUGCAGGAACUUGCUCUCACCAUAAGCAAAGAAAACAUAGCUGAGAUUGAGGCACUUACAGAGAAAGAGGAAGAUGCCAGCUCUGUUGAGGAAGAGGAGGAGGAGGAGGAAGAAGAAAGUGAAGAAAGUGAUGAAGAAGAAGAAGAAUCAGAGAAGGAGGAGGGAGAGAAGCAGGAGAACGAGCCUGUGCGCCAGGCAACAAGUGAAGGAUACGUUGCCAUUGGAGAUUUUACUGCUCAGCAAGCUGGGGAUCUGACGUUUGAGAAAGGAGAAGUUCUCCAUAUAAUUGAAGAAAAGCCUGAUGGUUGGUGGGUAGCCAGGAAUGCUAAGGGGAAUGAAGGCCUUGUUCCCAGAACCUACCUAGAGCCCUGUAAUAAAGAAGAAGAGGAAGAAGAGGAGGAAGAGUCCAGUGAGGAAAGCAGUGAGGAUGAUGUGGAGGCUGGGGAUGAAGGAAUACAGGGAACCGAAGCCAAGCAGAGGACAGAUUCCCACUGGAGUGCUGUUCGGAAAGCUGUCUCAGAGCAGAUCACCACUGUGGAUGUGUUGACCACCAUGGGAGCCAUUCCCUCUGGAUUCAGGCCUUCCACACUCGCUCAGCUUCUGCAGGAGGGGAAUCAAUUUCAAGCAAGUUACUUCUUACAGCCAGAACUCACGUCAUCACAGCUGGCUUUCAGGGAUCUGAUGUGGGACGCUAAAGCAGGCACUAUUAGGUCCAUCCCAAGUCGCGUGUCCUUGAUCCUGACAUUGUGGAGCUGCAAGAUGAUUCCGCUUCCGGGGACAAGCGUCCAGGUGCUCAGCAGACACGUGCGCCUCUGUGUCUUUGACGGCAGUAAGGUUCUGAGCAACAUUCAUACAGUCAGAGCCACGUGGCAACCGAAAAAACCCAAAACGUGGACAUUUUCUCCCCAGGUGACCGGCAUCCUGCCUUGCUUGCUUGAUGGUGACUGUUUCAUUAGGUCCAAUUCUUCGUCUCCAGACAUUGGCAUACUAUUUGAACUUGGAAUUUCUUAUAUUCGUAAUUCCACUGGUGAAAGAGGAGAGUUAAGUUGUGGCUGGGUGUUUCUGAAGCUCUUUGAUGCCAGUGGCAUUCCUAUUCCAACGAGAACCUAUGAGCUCUUCUUGAACGGCGGCACUCCUUACGAGCAAGGAGUGGAAGUGGAUCCUUCUGUGUCCAGGAGAGCACAUGGUAGUGUCUUCCAUCAGAUGAUGAUGAUGAGACGGCAGCCUCAGCUCCUGGUAAAACUGAGAUCCCUGAACGCAAGAUCAAGAAACGUACUAAGUUUCCUGCCAGAAACGUUGAUUGGAAGUAUGUGUUCCAUACACUUGUUGAUAUUUUAUCGACAAAUUCUUGGAGAUGUACUGCUGAAAGACAGGAUGAGCUUGCAGAGUGCUGAGCUGAUUAGUCAUCCGCUGCUGGCCACCUUCCCCAAGCUCUUGGAGCAGCCUGACGUGAUGGACGCCCUCAGGAGUUCGUGGGCUGAAAAAGAAAAUACAUUUAAAAGAUCAGAGAAGAGAGACAAGGAGUUCCUGAAGUCCAUGUUUCUUCUGGUCUACCAUGACUGCGCAUUCCCUCUGCUCCACUCGACCCUCCUGCCCCCAUUCAAGUGGGCAGAAGAGGAGACCGAGGCCGCCCGCUGGAAGUUCAUCGCCGAUUUCCUGAAGCAGAACCAAGAAAACGAGGGUGCCCUCCAAGCCCUGCUGGCUCCAGCUGGAGUCCACGAACCCUUUGACCUCGCAGAGCAGACCUACGACUUCUUGGGUGAAGUAAGGAAGAAUGUGACAUGACCUGGUUUCCCGCAGGAUGCUUUGCGUCCUCCG